AUGUUUAUGAACGCCCCUCCCCGUUUGGGCUACCAUGGCUUGGACGUUUUCGCCUUUGAGCAGGACAUGAAAGCCAGAGCUCAACAGCGCUUCAACGACCGACGCCAGAAGAAGUUCUUCGUGCGAAACGGCAAGUUUCCUUUGAGCCACCACGGUAGACCGACACAGCAACCGGGAGUCAUGGCAAGCGAGGAUUGGUCUUUGGCCAGCGUACCGGACGGAAUCCAAGACAGCUUCGAGGCCCAGCAGCUUAGGAACAGAUAUCUGGCUGGCACCGCGGGUAGCCCCUACGCUGACCAUGAUCAUGGCAUCUUCUAUCAGAGAGCCCAACGGCUUGAUGGCUCUUUGGGCAACAAGCGACCCGUCGUGGACCACACCCAUCUCUGGCAGCCGCCAUUUGGAGUCCACGACGUGAAUGACAUCCAGUCCAUGUUCGCACCAAUGCAAUAUCAGUUCGACAUAGCCCCCAUGGAUGGCCUUCACAUGCCGUUAUCAAACGGCAUGGGCCAGGGCAUGCCUACAUCCUCUCCAGAAUUUGCUUCUUCGGACGCUGGUACAAGUUUCGGGAGCUUCUCGUCGUGCUCCUUCGCCCCGGCCGACGGCUCCGCCAUCAUCACCAGUCCCUCGGACCAGUUCGAUUACGCCCACUCGUCCUACACCAACUCGUCCAUGGUACACGAGGACCUCCACAAUAACAUCAAGAGGGCUCCUCCAUCGCCGCCGGCCUUCUCAGAGCCUGCUCCUCUCCACUUCUUUGCGACGUCGCAGGAACAGCUUGUCGAGGGCCAGUGCCAUAUGGAUGGUCACGAAGAGGCAGUGCGGGCUGCCAUGCUGGAGAAUCACGGCGGCUGCAGCGGCAUCAAGGCCGAUCCAGCAACCCGGCACAUGCUGUCGUCGAGGCCACGAAGGGAACUCCCCGAUCAAUCGCGGUCCUCGCGGACGGGUCCAGGCAGUUCUUCUCGCCGUCGAGGUUCCCCGUCUCGUAAGCAGUCCGUAUCCGCCGCCGCCGCACACAAGUCAGAGCCGCGGCCAACACAGUCAAAGCAGUCAAAGCCCUGCCCGGCACAAGCCUCUCCGAUGGACCCCACGGAGCGUUCGGCCAAGGACGAAUACCUGCUCAAGGCCAAGCAGGAAGGGCUGACAUACCGCGAGAUCCGAGUCAAGGGCAAUUUCACCGAGGCCGAGUCGACGCUUCGCGGUCGAUACCGCACGCUCACAAAGAACAAGGAGGCGAGGGUCCGGAAGCCCGAGUGGACCGAUAAGGACGUUCAUCUGCUCCAGAGGGCCGUCCGUAAGUUCGCCAAGGGCAACGACCCGGCCUCAACCAAGAUCCCUUGGAAACAGGUGGCCGAGUACAUCCAGCGGAACGGCGGUUCGUACCUGUUCGGAAACGCCACCUGCCGCAAAAAAUGGGACGAGCUCGUCUUGGCCGCAUUGGAGGGCCAGAUGUAA